CGGGACUCUGGACUGAUCUGUGGGUACGCCGCGGCGUCCAGAAAAUAGAGAAACAGAUUGUUAACAUAUAAGUUACAGACUCAACAAACUUGAUACUGACAAGCCAAACUGGCAAAUUGAUGAUGUCAGAGAGGAGUUGAGCGCUUGUUUAGUGAUUUACAUCCAUCUAAAUCUUUACGUGUUUUCCCAGCAACACAUCACGAACAGCAGGCUAGUUUGUUACAUGGUGCUGGCAGGCUGAACAUUUUUGUGCCUUCAGCUUUUAUUACUAUUAUGCUCUCUGUUCUACUGUUGCAGUGUGAAAUAUUUAUCUUCAUAAUCUUUUCGUGCUUUGAAUGUUGUCUUUUCAGGCUUCCUUUCAACAUGCAUUCCUAGACUUGUUAUUGCUGCUUUGAUUGUUGUGCUUGUGCGCCUUGAGCUAUCAAGCUAAGCUAAUAGGACGGGAAUCGUGUGUGUGCAUGGGCCAAACCCCUUUCACAUAUUAGCUUGCAGCUAACCAGCCGUUAUCUCCGACAGAAAGUGGAGAGUUUUCAAGACACAUACACCGUGCGGCCCGAAAAAGCAGAAUGUUGAUUUGCGGAAAGCCAAGGAUAAUUUCCUUAGGCACUGAUCGAGAGCUAUAUUGAUCCUAAAGAGCAACGAAAGAAGCCUCAAUCUGUCUAUUUACGGUUCAAAAUGAACACACAGUGAACUGAGACAUUGGCCUGCUUCGGGAGAACAGGGUCACUGGCUUUCAACGAUGUAGCUUUGCCAACUACGUGCACUUUUGCAGCGUAUGUACGAGGACAAUAACGAUGAACAAUCAAGGAAUCCGGUCACAAGAGAAGAUGGAGCUGGACCUGGACAUCUCGUCGUCACUUGUUCAGAGCGAUGGGCACCUGAGACGGUCUAACAGCGAACCGAUGAUAAACGGCCUGAGUGAUGCUUCACAGGUUUAUCAGAGAGAGGUUCUCCGCAGCAGAAGAAACAGUACAACUGUUGUUCGACCCAAUAUGGUGCCAUCUUCACCAGUACGUGUACCAAGCACAAGACUGCAAAGGAUCAAACAGGAAGAGGGUGUUGAUGUGAUGAACCGAGAAACUGCUCAUGAACGAGAGGUGCAGGCAGCCAUGCAGAUGAGCCAGUCUUGGGAAGAGAGUCUUAGUCUGAGUGAUAAUGAUUUUGAGAAAUCUUCCUCAUCAUCUCCAAAGCGGAUCGAUUUUGUGCCCGUGUCCCCUGCUCCUUCACCCACCAGAGGGAUUGGGAAAAAGCAGUGCUUCUCACCCUCUCUGCAAAUCCUGGUGAGCAGUAACGGUUUGACACCCAGUCCUGUUCCCAGCCCAACACGACGCUUCAGUUUGCCCAGCAGGAGGAGUCAGAGCCCAAUCAACUGCAUCAGGCCCAGCAUUCUGGGCCCUCUCAAACGCAAAGGUGAAAUGGAGACUGAAAGCCAGCCCAAGAGGCUCUUUCAGGGAACCACCAACAUGCUCUGCACGGAGGCAUCUCACUUGCUGGAACUUAACACCUGUCUCUCUCCAGAUCUUCUGGAUGGAAGUCUCAGUAGUGUUGGCUCCUCCUCGGACUCGCCUGCCAAGAUGGAAGGAGUGUCGCCCUCCUCCAGUAACUCUCCCCUCCAGGAUCUCUCGCCAAAGUGAGCCGCUGAGCAUCAGGGACACGAUAGGAGAGGAUGGAGGAUUACGACUGCUGCUCGGGCUGUCUUCCAGUCUUUUCAUCUUCUUUUCUAAUGCCUUCCCAACAUGGCUUUUGUUCUUAUCCUGAAUUGGCCUGUUAUCUGCUUGCCAGUGGAUUAUGUGGGUGUUUGCGUUAAAGGAAAACAGACCUUGUUUGGGACAGACCUUAAGGGUGAUUUGUAAGCGUGGAGAGACCGUGGAUGCUUUUGCAUCAGCUGCUAUAAUUGGAUGUAAAGCAUGGUGUAUGGAUUUGUAUCAAAGUGAACAGCGUUACAGCAUCCAAACUUUUUUUUUUUUUUUUUCUUCAGUUGGACAGUUAUCUUGUUUGGUAACGUUUUGAAAAGAAAACCGCUGUAAACAGAAUAAGUACAGGCUCAUUCUAUUAUUUACAUUCGCAACUUGCUAACUGGUAUUGUGUGUUAGAAUUAACUUAUUUUUGCUUCUGUUUUAUUUGUAUGUAUGUACAUAUGAUUUAAUCCUCAAGUUGUCCCGUAAUAAUUGGUGGCGAAACAUGCAGAGACCAAGAGCCUGACCAGCAAAUUGACAGCUGCCUCAAAAGUUCUAUUUGCUGUGCAAUUGCACUUUAAAAGCAGAUGAAUAAUAUUUUUAGGCUUUGUUCUGAAUCUGCAUAAUUGAUUUCAGGAAUUGCCUUUUCUUGGUUUUCAAGUAAGUGGAGGGCACAUUCGUUUUUCACACUGAGCUCGACACUGCAUUCUCUUUGUUAGAAUGAUGUUGCAAGCUGUUGAGCCAUACACCACAAAUGCGGAUGGGAUUUAAUAUAGCAGCAUAUCGUAACCACUAAAUCCUUGAUUCGAACACUACAGAGAAAAUAUACUGCCUGUAUUGUUACUUAUCAAUAUGUUGUUUACCUAAAAACAUAAGAACAACCAUGUUGUCUUUUCACAACUUUCAGAGAAAAAAAAUGUCUUGGCUGAGAUGUGUGAUGUCCAAUGUAUGUUUCAGCAUUGUAGUGUGAUGCUUCACCCUGUAUGUCUUUCACGAAAAAUUAUUUGAGUGGAAAUUCACUCUACAGCUGCGGUUUUGACUGAAAGAGAUUUUCAGAGUUGUAAAGCUGUUAAAAGUGACAUUUGGCAGUAUAAAAUUAUUUAAGCAGAAGUACAACGGGAUGAUGAAACCCUACCAAUUAGAAAGUCGUUUGUGUUUUUUAGGGGUUUGAAAGAAAAGAAAAUGUAAUCUACUGAUACUUAACAGUAACAUUAAGUCUGUAUAUAAGAGAGAUGUACAACUGUAAUUGUAAAGUUUUUAUUCGUUGGGGGCUGUAGUUACUUUAGGAAAUUGUAUUUUCUUUUGUAAAUGGUUUUCUAAAUCAAGAAAUUGCUUUAUUUCCUCACAUGAUAUGAUGUAUCAUAAAUCCAUUUUCAUGUGCAAAGAAGUGUUUAAAUCUGCUUUUUUAAAUUUUUUUUUAUUGAAAGAUUGGUGUUUUGGUUUACAGAUUGCAUUGUAAGUCUUUUUCUGAAUGUCUUUGCAAACAAUAACAGUACGUGGGUCAUGUCGAUCCAGUUUCUAUACUGUUUUGAUAGGUGAAGUGUGUUUGUAGUUUGCUUUGCUGAUUUGUUUUUGUCCUGUGGACUUGUCUCUUUUAAUUAUUUUAUGCUGUCCUGUUGUCUCAACAAACAGUACUUUUAAAAGCCUCUGUGAUUUGUUUAGGAAGAUCUGAGUGCUUUUAUGAGAACAUGUAGUUGUGCUCUGCUCUCCCUGAACAAACAAAUCUUGCUCCCAUCAUAUCAGAGACUUUAAGAUGUCAGAAAUAAAUUAUUUGUCCAGCUAUUGUUGCCUCGUUUUGUGAUAGUGCACUUAUUGGAAUACCAGCCAGAGAUCCAUGUUCUCUCCAUGUGGUUGUCUUUAAAACAGUGAUUUAUUAUACUGAAUUUCUGUCAUUGCUGUUUUUCGCUCUGUCAUUUUCAGUUUUUGCUGAAUCAAACUGCUGCUUGACUAAAGGGAACAUGAGACUAGGUAUUGAUACAGAUUUCCUGAUUGUGCUCCGAUUCACAAGCUCUCAAUUCGAUUCAGUAUUGAUAUUGAUUUAUAUUUAAAAGAAUUAAAAGAAAUUCUCUCUCAGCUAAUGCUCUUAAUUAUAAAGAAACCUUUUAGGCAACACUUCUAGGUACAAUUCAAAACUAUUAAUUUUUUAACUAUAAAUUAUUUUUUUAUUAGUUUUUCCAUAAAAUUGGUCACAUUUUAACUUUUGAAAAAUUUUCUAAUUCAGUCUAUUCCAUUAAUGUCUUUCAAUUGCAUAUAUUAAGUUGCAUAUAUAUUUUUUGAAUUUUAAUUGUUUGCUUUCAUAAUUUUACUAUAUAGAAGUAUUUACACUGAUAUAUUGAACGUGCAGUUAAUCGGUACCGUCUCUUUAAGACUAGCGGCAUUAGCCAGGUGCAUCCAUGUGUAAUAUGAUUGGAAUUAAAUAUUUAUUUUCUGUUGUUUUUUUCUGAACAGAGAAAAACAAAGCGUAUUAAAAGAGACAUUAUUCAGUGACAUAUGGAUCCGUGGAUCACGACUUUGGACACACAGUGUCCAAACAUAACCAAAUUUAUUAAAAACACACAGGACCUCUGUGCUAACAACUUCUUCUCCACUAUAAUACUCAAUCAUUGGUGAGUGAAAUCGGAACAUUUUCAAACCAGUGGCUAAUCACAGACAGUUUUAUUCGCAUAGUACGAGAUUUGGUCUCACAUGCGAGUGAUUUACUUGCAUUAUAGAGGGUUGCCAUAUAGAGUGAAAGAUCGAUCUUGGGAUUUAAGCAUCAAUAUCGAUCAAACGAAGAUCGCGAUGGAUCGGAAAAUCGAUAUUUCUACCCAGCCCUAUGAGGCAACAUAGAGGCUUUAAUAUAUAUAAUCUUUCUUUGAAAUGUUGGUCUGCAUAUCUAAUGUCACAAAGACCCUUCUUUCAAUUUAAAGCGAGACUCAUGUAACAACAUUCAAUGUACACAGAUAAAACUUAUAGAUUAUUACCCAGCUGGCCUAUUGACAAUCGUUUUCAUUGAUCAACAAGCAAAGACAAGAUGAGCAAGCAUGGCAAGAUCAGUAAAUUUUGUACUGUGUUUUCUUAUCCUGUUCCGAUUACAAUAUACUGCACAAACAUCACACUAAUUUAGUUAUAAGACAUAUCUACUUUUAAAGUUAUUUUUAUCACACUGCAAUGUUAAAUAUUGUUUCUAAAGCCAACUCAAAUGAUUAAAAAAUAAGUAAAUAUUCAAUGUAGCAAUUAUUACUUUCUAGCACCUUCUAGGAAAUGCCUUUUAAAAAUCAACUUAGAUUAUUUGAUGCAGAUAUCUUUAGAGAUAAACUGUGUACAAAAUUUAAGCAGUUGACAAAUAUAAGAACAGUUCAAGAAACCAGGGUGUAAAGAUGUGUGAAUCUUUCCAUGUAGCAAAGUGCACAUGUUAAUUUAUCAAACACAAAAAGCAAUUCUCAAAGUUCAGUCUUUAGACAGUAACAAAAUGCCACAGACACAGAAUAUGAUGUAAAACAACACAUUUAAUUUAAUGUACUCCUGUUCUACACCCCCUCCCACCUAAAAUGAGAGUCAGCUGGGCCCAGUUGCCAGCUCAGCAAGUUUUCCAUAGGUGAAAACAAAACGCCCCCGCCCCCACCCAUGGAUUUUGCAUCUUUAUCAUGUCUGUAAGUUUGUGAUGUCAUUUUAGAAAUUAGUUCCUGUUUAGAGGGAGUUUCUUAGACACAUCUCCCCCUGGGGUCCAUAUCUCCCCUCUUCAUCUUCUUAGUUCCAUUCUCCUUCAGCAAUGUAAUUUCAAAGAGCAAUUCAAUUGCGUAGAACAACCAUUGUAAGAAGACCU